AUGAAUAAAGUUAAUCUUGCAGCAGUCAAGUUUUUGCACAAGGGCAAAAGAGUCUGGAUGGCAAGAUCAGAGGGCCAGCUGCCAGGGAAAGGUGUCUUAAGGAGGUGUCUCUCUCAUAUUGACUGUGGUGAGUUCCAGGAUCCCAAGGUCUACUGCACUCGGGAAUCUAACCCCCACUGUGGCUCUGACGGCCAGACGUACGGCAAUAAAUGUGCCUUUUGUAAGGCGAUGGUGAAAAGUGGUGGGAAGAUCAACCUAAAGCAUCAAGGAAAAUGCUGA